UGCUUAAUUAGCUUAGGUUGUAACACUAAGCUUGCUUAAGUAGCUUAAUUGGUCUCGGUAAUUAGCAGCAGAUCGAGAGGAGAGUUGGGUAAGAGGAGAAGAGGAGCUAGCUAGCUAGCUAGAUAGAGAAGGGGGGAUAUGGGAGGGAAGUCGUCGUUCCUGUGCCCGAUCUUCAGCUUCCUGGCGUGCAAGUCGAGGAGGUACGACGGCGAAGACGGCGAGAUGAGCGACGAGUGGGAGUACGGGCGGCCGGCGGCGAGGUACGGGAUGAGCAAGGUGAGGUCCAGCGACGAGGACUACGGCAAGUGGUGGGUCGGCGAGCGCGACGUCGACCGCAAGGCCUCCGACUUCAUCAACAGCUUCCACCAGAGGAAGCAGGUCGCCGCCGCCUAGCUUGCUAUCUAAGCUGCCGAUCGACGCCGCGCGCGUCUACACAUAUCCAGCCAUCCACGAGCGAGCUCAGGGGUAUCAAAUCUAUAUUUGAUUGGAUCGAGGGGGUGUGUACGGCUUGUACGCGACGACGAUGACUGCGGCGGCGGCGGCCGGCCGGCGCAGCUGUGUUCAUGCAUCUCCGGCCGGCCAUUUGUGUGUACCGCAUGUACGUACGUACGUACGUAGGGUCCUUCGUUUAUGAUUAAAUUCUUCUCAUAUACUAUGUUAAAUUAUGUAUGUUUGAUGUCGAUUAUAUUAUGUUACAUAUGUUUAUUUGGAUGAGGAAUAAUAAUAAUAAUAAUAAU